UCCAUCAGAGAGCGUCUGUGUGUGGGCAUCUAAGAGGUCAGGGCUGAGGAUGGGCAGCACCUCGGGGACCCAGAAGACCAUGCCCUGCCUGAAAGCCCGGCCUGAAGGCCCGAAGGACCUGCCCUAACACAGCCUCCGCAGCUCUGGUGAUUCCUACUUGGGCCCCUCUCUGCACACGCGCUCCUCAACAUGAGACAGCGUCUCCACCUGGCCUGGCUGUGCCUGAGCCUCUUGGCCGGAAGGAUGCCUGUCCAGGGGAGCCGGCUCCCCAGGGAGGUCAGCAGAAGCGACAAGCUCUCCCUGCCCGGCUUUGAGAACCUCACUGUCGGAUAUAACAAGUUUCUCAGGCCCAAUUUUGGCGGAGAACCCGUUCAGAUAGCUCUGACUCUGGACAUCGCUAGUAUUUACAGUAUUUCAGAGAGUAACAUGGACUACACAGCCACCAUCUACCUCAGACAGCGCUGGACGGACCAGCGGCUGGUGUUCGAAGGCAACAAGAGUGUCACCCUGGACGCGCGCCUCGUGGAGUUCCUCUGGGUGCCGGACACGUACAUUGUGGAGUCCAAGAAAUCCUUCCUCCAUGAGGUCACCGUGGGAAACAGGCUCAUCCGCCUCUUCUCCAACGGCACAGUCCUGUAUGCCCUCAGAAUCACGACGACUGUGGCGUGUAACAUGGACCUGUCUAAAUACCCCAUGGACACACAGACAUGCCAGUUGCAACUGGAAAGCUGGGGCUACGACAGCAGCGACGUGAGGUUCAGCUGGCUGCGCGGCAACGACUCGGUGCGGGGCCUGGAGAACCUGCGGCUGGCGCAGUACACCAUCCAGCGGUACUUCACCCUCGUCACCAGGUCGCAGCAGGAGACAGGAAAUUAUACGCGACUCGUCUUGCAAUUCGAGCUCCGGAGGAAUGUCCUGUACUUCAUCUUGGAGACCUACGUUCCUUCCACGUUCCUCGUGGUGUUGUCCUGGGUUUCGUUUUGGAUCUCCCUCGACUCCGUGCCUGCAAGAACCUGCAUCGGAGUGACCACCGUACUGUCAAUGACCACACUGAUGAUCGGGUCCCGCACGUCCCUUCCCAACACCAACUGCUUCAUCAAGGCCAUCGACGUGUUCCUGGGCAUCUGCUUUAGCUUCGUGUUUGGGGCCCUCCUGGAAUACGCCGUUGCCCACUACAGCUCCUUACAGCAGAUGGCGGCCAAAGACAGGGGGAUGCCGAAGGAAGUGGAAGAAGUCAAUAUUACUAACAUCAUCAACAGCUCCAUCUCCAGCUUUAAACGGAAGAUCAGCUUUGCCACCAUUGAAAUUUCCGGUGAUAACGUCGACUACAGCAACUUGACUAUGAAAACCAGUGACAAGUUCAAGUUUGUCUUCCGAGAUAAGAUGGGAAGGAUUGUUGAUUAUUUCACAAUUCAAAACCCCAGUAAUGUGGAUCGAUAUUCCAAACUACUGUUUCCUUUGAUUUUUAUGCUGGCCAAUGUAUUUUACUGGGCAUAUUAUAUGUAUUUUUAAGAGGACAUUAAAAAUUUUCCUUCAGCGGAAGGAAAUAAUGAUAUAAAUGGAAUUCUAAGCCAAGUGUGCACCCUAACCCAAUGGUGCUAAAAAUAACUAAAGUAACAAUUUGGCAUUUAUUAUCAAAGAAUGGACCCCACAACCAUUAUUUAAGCUUGUAGAUGUUCCAGCAUUACAGAGUCUUGUAAUAGAAAUAUCAACCCCUUCCUUUUUUAUCUUUACAAAAGACAUCCCCAUGGAGCCAAGAUUACAAGCAGUACUCAGGGUUGCCUGCCUGCUCAGUGGCUCCCUGGCCUGCAUUUACCUCAUAUAAAAAAUGUGAGAGGGAGGCCAUUCCAUGUACUGAGUAACCCUCUAGUGGCAGGGGUUGUUUCUGAAUUAAUCACACAUGCCAUUAUUAAAUCUCCGUAGUGCUUAUAAAACGCAUUGUUGCCUAUUUAGGGAGCAACAUUUUCUAGUUUUUUGUUUUUGAUUCAAAGGAAAUGUGGGCCUAAGUCAAUUUACUGAAAGUCACUAUAUUAACUCAACACCAAGAUGAGUUUUUAAUACUGUAUUUAAUACCACAACAGAAUUGUCCCCAAAUUCCAAUAAGUCCUACCACUGAAAAGUCAGAUGUAAGUGAAGAAAAAUUUAGUGGAUCAAUCAUCUCACACAUAAACCCCUUGUUUCUAAGAUACAAUGGCUUCCCCAGACUGGAAGGGCUCUGGGGCUUUCUUCCCCAUUUGACAUGCCUUAUCCCUUUAUCAUUACACACACGCCAACCCUCAACAUUGCUGGAGCCCUUUCCCCAUAUCAGGGACGGGAAUGGAGGCUGUUUGGUUUUUGUGUGUUUUGUAGUGAUUCUGGAGUCUUCGUGUGGACUGUUGCCGUGAAGACGUAUAGUGUUGAGUCCAUUUCUAUCUGCUGCUCUUUCCCAGCCGCAGACCCCUGCGUCCUUCCAGGAGGAGCUUGCAUCCUCAAGCUCUAAUGACCAGGAAUGACACUUGUUCGAUACUGAACUGCAUUUCCCAGAAACACGUGGGUUAGCACUAGCCAGCGUGGCCACGCUCACUUUCCUGAGCCUUCGAGCUGGACGGCAAGAGCAGGAGAAUGUUGGCCCUGGGUCCUGAACUCUCUGAGGAGCAGUGGAACUUGUUACGGAACUUAUGUUCAGGCUGCAGGUGAGCCGUCCUUUCCAAGUCCAGCCACGCUCACCCUCAAACAAGAAGCACAGCGCGCAUCUCUUCCUGCUCCAUGGCCAAGUUCAGCCCACAGCAUGCGUGGCGAGGUGCGAGUGUGCCGUGAUCAAGGCUUCCAGUUCAGUCUCGGUCGUUUUAAAGAAUCUUGCCAUCUUUAGUUCUUUAGCUUCCUUUUCUAAUGAAUGUGUGCCUUCACCCCUCGUUUUGGAAAUAAACAUGGUUUUGGAAGCUCAUCUUGCCUCUAUAACCCUCUAAACCACAGGCUCUCAUUCUUUUCCCCACUAUGAUGCUUUUCCACAAUUUAGCUUCUAUGGCAGUGAUGGCGAA